AUGUUGUUAGCAGACACUUUUGAAAAGGAUAUCGGUUCCCAACCGGAACCCCGCACAUCCUUUAGCAUCGCUGCUGAUCGACCGCGACCGAUUAUACUGCGAGACAGCCUCCGCGACCUGGAGACGCGCUCGGUAGCACUCAACUGUGUUAUCCGUAGACAAUCCAUUGGCUACGGGCCGGGCCACUUAGCAGACCAACACGAUCUCCUUUCGAGUUCGUAUAACAGUGUUAAAGAUUGGCUUCAUGAGAUCAAAUGCUACGCUGACUCUCGAGUCAGUAGACUACUUGUCGGAAAUAAAUGUGACCUAGAAGCAAGCCGUGCAGUUCCCGCCGAAAUGGCCAAAACUUUUGCCGACGAGUGCAACAUGCUGUUUCUCGAGACUAGUGCCAAAGAAGCCACCAAUGUAGAAAAUGCCUUCGUGAAAAUGGCAGAACAAAUAUCCGCCAGCGCAGCAUCCAUGCAAGGCCUGCAUUCUGCGACGGUGACCGUGAACAGCACACAACCGGUGAAGCCUAGUGGCGGAUGUUGUUAA